CAGAGCUACCUGGAGCUGGGGGAUUAAUAACCGACUUCAUGCACAUGAAGUUCUCACCUGCCAGAUUUCCCAGGCUGAAGUUUAUUUUGUACCAUGAGACUGGAUUUAAAAUAAGCCCUGCAAUUCUUCAUUGUGUGUCAACCUCUACUGAAACCCUAACAUUCUGAAGUUUAGGAAUUGCUGAACAAGCCAUAACAGAGGAGAAAAAAACAUUGGCAACUGAUGAGAAUUCGUGCUGCACUGUCACAAAUGAACAGGCAUCAGCUUGGAGCAAGGAGGAGCCUGGGGGCUGGUUCCAGCUUCUGGCCUUGUUAUUGAGGAUACUACUGUGACAGUAGUUUUAAAAACAUAGGCACUUAUCCUCUGCAGCAAGUAGUCACCACUAAUCCUCUCUUUGCUGAGUCACUGAAGAACCUCCAAUGGAACUGCUUGGACCCAAAGCAAGGACAUCCUGAAAAGUGGAGGCACAGCUGUGGAUGCUGCCAUUGCUGGCUUGAUCUGCACCUCGGUGAUGAAUCCUCAGAGUUCGGGCCUGGGUGGUGGGGUCAUAUUUACCAUCUAUAAUGCCAGCACAGGAACAGUCGAGGUGAUCAAUGCCCGUGAGACAGUCCCACGAGUGUUUCCUCACAAUUUACUGUCUGGCUGUGGCCCUGGUUUACCCAUUGGUGCCCCCUGGAUUGGUGUGCCAGGAGAACUCCGUGGGUAUGAGGAAGCCCACAAGCGAUAUGGCCACUUACCAUGGAAAGACCUCUUUGAACCAACCAUCAAGCUCCUUUCAGAGCCACUUGUCGUUUCCCCAGUUGUGGACAAAAUAAUCAAUCACCCAGACUUCUCCAUGCCAGGAAAAAAACUGUGCCCACUGCUGUGUGAUGGUCAAAGGUUUCUGAAGAGGGGAGAGACCUUCAGGUGGCCAGCGCUGCUGCAAACACUGCAAACUGUAGCAGAACAUGGAGCCGCAGCAUUUUAUGAGGGACAGAUAGGAAAGGCACUGGUGGAGGAUGUCAGGAAGGCUGGGUCCAGUCUCUCACUGGAGGACCUUCGGAUGUACCGAGCAGAGGUGUCCUCAGCUCUGAACAUCACCCUCAACAACCACACCACGGUGUUUGCUCCGGGACCGCCCAUGGGAGGUGCAGUGCUCAUGUUCAUCCUCAAGGUAUUGGAAGAGUAUAAACUCCAUGAAGCAUCACUGGCAACACCUGAGGAGAAGGUAGAAACCUACCAUCACAUUGCAGAGGCUCUGAAGUUUGGCAACAUGCUAAGACCCCACAUGAGUGACCCAGCCUUCUCUAGAGCUCAGGUGACUGUGGGGACCAUGCUGUCUGACAGCUUUGUUGAGCUUGUCAGGCACCGAAUAGAUGCUCGUGGUGACCACCCACUCAGCCAUUACAACUUGUUGGAGUCCAUCUACAACGGCAAGUACAAAAGCAUGGGCACAAGCCACAUCUCUGUGCUCGCUGCAGAUGGCAGUGCCGUGUCCGCCACCAGCACCAUCAACUACCCGUUUGGCUCCUUUGUGUAUUCUAACCAAACCGGGAUCAUUUUAAACAAUGAACUUGCUGAUUUCUGCACAGCAAACAGAAGCAUUAACCCAGGAGAGAAGCCUACCUCAGCAAUGGUGCCUUCCAUCCUCAUCUCCAAGACGGGAGACAUGCUGGUGAUCGGGGGAGCAGGUGGGCGCUGGAUUAUCAGUGCUACUACCAUGGCAAUUAUAAACAAGCUGUGGUUUGGCUACGACUUGGAACAUGCCAUUUCAGCUCCCGUCAUGCACACUUUGGGUGACAGUGUCAUCUUUGAGGGGCAUUUCAGCGAGGAAGUUAGGAGUGGCCUGCUGAGAAGAGGACAUAAAGAAAAGAAAGAUAAAUUUGUAAUGAAUGUUGUGCAGGGAAUUUCCAAGGAAGGAAAAUGCAUCUCUGCUUACUCUGAUAAAAGGAAGCUGGGGAAGUCGGCUGGAUAUUAGCAUGGAAUGCCAUCACAACUCACAAAGCAAAAGGAGAUAACUAGAUCCAGAACAUGCUUUCCUUCAACAUGCCCAUAAUUGCCUGUUCCCACCAAGAUGCCUCCUGGAGCAUGGGCAAAACCUGUGACUACACCUAAUUCCAGCAGACUGCAGGUACCCUCGGGCAGUAUAAGGAGAGGUCAGCCAGCCUUGUUUAGAGCUACACCUUCCAUUACUUAUGUGAUAUACUGAAAAACAUAUUUCUUGAGCACAUCAGCUACUCAGAAUGAGAGAAUAAAAAGUGGGAAAGGAAAAUUGGUCCAAACCCCACUGGGAACACUGUGAAAUGACCCAGCUGUAUCUUCUGUUCCUGCUGGAGUCUCAGUUAAGAGUAGAAUUGGUUUCUUUCAGGCUGUUCCACAAGAAGUUUAUUACUACUGGGGCUCAGCAAUGUGAAAUACAGAACUAUUUUGGCUAUGAAGACUACAAGGAGUGUAGGACUGGGAGUCUGGCUCAGUGCAGCCUCUUGAACAGUCCAGGUUUGCACCGUGCUGCAGGCAGGACUUAUGGCAGAUCUGCUCUGGCUGAGCACCAGUGCAGGGGUCAGGAUUUUAAAAUCUGAAGCAUCCAGGCUUAGAGGGUGGGUUUGGAAAGGGAAGACAUGCUGCUGGUUUUGGAAGCUUUAGAACUUUCUUCAAAAUGCAAAGGAAACACGAUCAGGAGACAUCACUUGUAGCCAUGACUCAGCCUGGCCAGGCAAACACCAGCAGUGCUGGGGAGUGAUGCAGCACCAUCAGGCAUUAGCAGAAUUCUCUUCUCCCACAGCCUGUGCACAGGCACCAGGCUACCUUCUUUAGUCAGCCUCUAAUGUUCCCUUCAGAUCACAAGGAGGAUGUUGUAGAACUCUAAGAACUAUCACAGAGUGAGAAAACUUCUGGAGAAGAGACCUGAACUCAUGCACCUGGACCCAAAAGGUCUUUUGCAAUUAAUCCAUAACUUUGCUCAAAAUGGCCCAGAAUCAAACAUUUUAAAAAAUAAAACCAAAAAAAGACAAACCCCUCAAAGCUCUUCUCAAAUAUGCAGGGGCAAACUCCCAGAAUCCCCCAAAACUCCAUUUUCUGAAAGCUUAUGAGCCUGACUGCCCUAUGGGCACAGUGUUGUGUGUGUGUCUGGAAGUGAAUCAAUCAAUCAGAGCCAGGCCUAGCAGAGCCCUCCCCUUCACACACAUGGCCCAUGGGUCUCCUAAUGCACAAACAAGUACCAUCCCUCUGCAAACAGCAUGACAAGCACACUCUAUUAAAAAACCACAAAUUAAAACAAGGCCAGCUAGGUUUUAUGCCAAUGUUCUUAGCCACAAAGUCGGUCCCAUGAAGCCGUCAAUUUACUGAAAUCUCAGCCUUCACUUGCAUUUUAAUGAUGGUCUGAGUGAAGAUGACCAGAGCCAGACGUGUUUUGCUUCAGAAUUGUACACCAAGGACUGUAGUAUGACCACCCCUGCAUCAGAGCUAAUGAUUGCUACGUUACCAGAUCAUAACCGCAGGCACUUAAUCAAGGAUCUGGAAGACAAGUUACUUCUGUACAGAGCCAGCUCCAUGCACUCCUUUGUCCAGCUGGAAUUUAUCUUCAUUCCCUAGUUCAGAAGAACUACUGGUUUCUCCAUCAGAUCUGCUUACUCAAGCCAUGGCCCUGUGAGACAGGACUACAGUGCUGCUGAAUGGGAAUAGAGAAAGGGAAUAGGCCCAAAGGCUGAGGGGGGUAGUAUUUAUGUUCAUUUGGAAGGGGUUACAUUGACUAUGACUAACAAAACCCCCCAAUCUACUUAAGUUGCUGAAGUUUUCUACUUUGAUUAACUCCCUUACCCCAGGUGCCAGUUCCUGGGUGCAUUGAUUCUAGUGACAGAAAUAACACCCCAACAGCAGAGCUGUGCAGGGGAAGCACUUAGAGGCACCAGACACCAUCUGCAGCUCACACUGCAGCUCCAGACAGACUAACUAGACCGGAGGCUGGCUUUAGCAAGGUCUGUAGCUAUUUCCAGCUAAUCCCACUGAGCUUAGAGUUUACAGACAGCAACCAAGAACGGCACUGGCUGGAGACAGGGAGACUGGUUUCCCUUCAAGGCCACCUUCAGCAGUGCUCUGGGCCCUCUCCAUCACAUUUCACUACAGAAAACCGAAGUCACCAAGUAACUAAGUCUUCCAUUACCUUCUCUUCUCACAUACUUUAGGGUAAAGCACCAGCAUACUGCAGCCCUAUCACCUUUCCAGUGGAGUAACAUCACAGCUUCUUCCCACCAUAAAGACAUGGGAAUAAUAUCUGUAGUGCAGUGCUCACUACAAUUUAACUACUUUGCUACUAAUUUCACAACUGAGCCAACUGAGCAGUUUUAAAACCCACCACAGCUUUAAUUUGCAAGGCAGAAAGGAAUCUUUAAUCUGCAAGGCAGACUUCUCACUGCAGCAGAGACUUCCAGUCCUGUAGUCCUCACUAGCAGAACACCUGGUGAAGCUGAGAAAUUGUACCUGCCUUGGCACCUCUGCUCUUGCCCUGCCACCUCCUCACUGCUGCUGAAAUCUGCUUGGGUCAGGAGCCUCCCAGUUUGGUCUUUCCCCAUUCAUGCUCCUCCCCACAAGAGAGCAUUAUUUUUGUACUGAAAUCAACUUACAGGGACUUUCAAAGCAUCAUUGUACAGAGGCUGCUCUAUUUUCUAAUGAAAUCUAUAAAUUAUACUUUUAAUAAAGUGUUUUG